AUGCUUAGCGACAAAUACAACAGCGACGGUUCUUCAAGGAUACUCACUGUUAGUCAAUUGUGCAAAAAUAGAGGUCUUGCCGCGAGACUAGGCUCUGUAAACAUGCCCAACAAUGCCACACUACCGGUGGACUCAAAUUUAGAGUCCAAAGAAGCCAAAGUCGGGGGGAAACUCGCUGAGAAAGCCUAUGCGGACAUGCCCAGUGUCAACAAAAGCGUGACUGGCAGCGGCAGCGUCAAACAGAGACGUUCCACAUCCUCUUAUCCUGGAUCUAACAAAGACAUCCUCGUCGCUUCUAAUGCCCCGGGCGUCAUGAAGCUACCCCCACCAAAUGCGAACGGAACGGUGGGGCCAGCCCCCCUUGAGAUUACUGAUCCCAAAGAAGCGAAACAUCUUACUCCUAGGGAAAAAAACCUGCACGAGACUAGUAUCGACAAAUCAGCCUAUGAACAACAGCAAAGGACUAUCGAAACACUGAGCGAAAACUUAGCCGUUGACAAGCCUGAAAUGCUUUAUCCUUGGGGAUCUACUGGUGCAUUCUACGGGAGUAAGAACGGACCCGCGAGCGCGGAUUCUAAUGUUGUCAAGGCCUACAUUACAGAGAGAUUUUACAAUGAUAUCUACUACAACAUGGCCGGCAUCAUUGGGACUUGUUUCUUUUCUUGGUUGCUAGCCCAUUGGGGGUUUUCUUGGUGGUCUUUGGGUUUUGUAUUUUUCUGCACAGCUUCUGUUUAUCGUUCCGAGUUUCGCCGUUUUAAUAGAAACAUUAGAGAUGAUCUUACGAGGAUCACCGUGGAAGAAACACUAAGUGACAGAACAGAAUCGACAUUAUGGCUAAACUCUUUUCUCUCGAAGUUCUGGGUUAUUUAUAUGCCAGUUUUAUCCCAGCAGGUCAAAGACAUUGCUAACCCUCAGCUGGCGGGUGUAGCUCCAGGCUAUGGUAUUGACGCGAUCUCCUUGGAUGAAUUUACAUUGGGCACGAAAUCUCCCACGAUUGACGGGAUCAAGUCUUAUACGAAGAAAGGGAAGGACACUGUGGAAAUGGACUGGGUUUUUUCUUUCACUCCAAAUGAUGUCUCCGAUAUGACCCGAAAGGAAGCCAAAGAAAAGAUCAACCCCAAGAUUGCACUCGGUGUUACGGUUGGUAAGGGAUUUGUUUCAAAAUCUUUGCCUGUCUUGGUGGAAGACAUUAACUGUAAGGGAAGACUGCGUAUAACCAUUAAGUUUGGUCCCGCAUUCCCAAAUAUCAAAAUUGUUCAGCUUUCCCUUCUGGAGCCACCUUUCAUUGACUUCGCUUUGAAGCCUGUAGGCGGUGACACUCUUGGAUUGGAUAUUAUGUCGUUCUUGCCUGGGUUGAAGACUUUUGUUAAGACAAUGAUUAAUUCAAAUGUUGGCCCAAUGCUUUACAACCCUCACCAUUUGGACAUUGACGUUGAGGAGAUAAUGGCUGCCCAAUCUCAAGAUGCCAUAGGUGUUGUUGCUGUUACUAUCCACUCAGCAGACGAUUUGAAAGGCUCUGACUUUAUAGGCAACACAGUUGACCCCUACGUCACUCUGACUGCAGAAAAGGGCAACAUUGGGGAAACUACGAUCCGUACCUCUGUCAAGUCUGACGUCAAGUCUCCACGCUGGAACGAAACCAAGUACGUCCUAGUGAACACUUUGGAACAGAAACUAUAUUUCACUUGUUAUGACUUCAAUGAUAUCCGAAAGGACACUGUUAUUGGCAAAGUCGAGUUAGAGCUUAACGGCCUUUUCCAAAAUCCUACUUUAGAGAAUAAAACUUCGAAAAUCACGUCCGGCGGCCGUUCGAGAGGGACCCUGAACUAUGAUGUUCAUUGGCUACCAGUUGUUAAUAAGGAAGAACAGGAAGCCCGGGAGGCUAAUGAGGGUGCUCCAGAAAGAGCUGAAGAGGAAGAUAAUGCCGAAACAAACCAGUCUGCGUCCGAUGUUGGUAUCUUGAAAGCCACCUUGCACAAGAUCACAAACUUGAAGCAUGCAACUGCUGUGCAAGGCGCUUUGAGUCCAAGUGCCGAGCUGUUUGUUGAUGGUAAGUCUGUUAUGCACUUUAGAACUUUGAGGCGCAUCAACGAGCCUUCUUGGGAGCAAAGUAUUGAGGUUUUGGUUCCCUCAAAAAAGAAUUCGACACUGCUUUUGAAAGUCUACGACCAAGGAAUUGCUGGAAGGGAAGAGCUGUGCAAAUACUCAACUUCAAUGGAAGAUGUCCUGAGCAUGGCUGAUGCUGGCCAGUCUGUUUUACAGGCCUCUCCCCAGGGUCGGAUUUAUAUGUCUGCUGCUUGGAAGCCUGUGGUAAUGACGGGAUCAUUUGCACCCGCAAAUUCUGUUCGUGACCCUAUAGGUGUCGCUAGACUUCACAUCCAGGACGCACUAGUCGACGAGAACUUAUCUGGAGUUGGUGACAUUGAUCCAUACAUUACCGUGUCGUUGAAUAAGAGAAUAACGCACAGAACACACUACUUCUCUGACAAUCGUGAGCCUAAUUUCAACGCUGUUGUUUAUAUUCCAGUUACAUCUGAGAAGCAAACGAUAGUUGUUGAUGUGAUUGAUUACCAAAAGGUCGGAAAAGACAGGCCAAUAGGUUCAUACUCAAUUCCGGUAUCGAAGCUGCUUGAGAAAAAGACCGACUCUGGCGUAAUUGGUCAGAGUGAUGAGCCGCCUUCGCAAUGCAGAUUGCUAGGAAAGAAUAUGAAGCUGACAAAGAGUUACAUCAACAUCGCAAUGUCUCUGUUACCAGUGACGCAAGUUUACUCCCCUGAUGAGCUAGGAAAGGUCGAACAGCUAGAAGCAAAAAUCCAGGAACGUAAGGAAAAGUUUGCUAAGGAUCAAGAAGAACUGAAGAAGAAGAUGGAGAAGGACCCUGAUUUGUACGAAGUUGUUGAGAUUGACGUGGAUGACGAAGAUGAAAAGGCUUUGAAGAAGAAAGAGAAGAGAUCGGUCACCGAAUUGCUCAAAGAAAACUCUGGUGUUUUGAGUUUCCAGAUUUUGAGAGGCAAACUCUCCAAGCAUUCUGCGCAUUUGCAGGUUCUGUUUGAUGACCUUGCAUGCCCUGCAUCUACGUCCAUGAAGUCUAGAAAAGGCGAAGCAAUUCCAGAUAGCGGGUCCUGCUUUAUUCGUGACUUAAAGCACAGCCGUAUCACCUUCAGACUGACGAAAAAGUUUGAGCCCAAAGAACUAUCAGAUGUAUUAAGCGAGGCCUCCUAUCCCACCUCCGAGUUGCUAAAGAAGGGGCUUGAGAAACCAACCGUUGUUGAAUUUGAGGGAUCGAAAAUUGAAGUCCACUUCCUAUACACACCUGCUUCCGUGGAGUUGCCACCUAGCGAGUCUAUCGAGGAUACCGGUAUCAUGAAGCUGAAAGUAAUCUCUGCCGACGGGUUACCUUCGCAUGACAGAAACAACAAAUCGGACCCUUAUGUUGCCAUCAACGUGGAUGGAUCGGAAGUUCAAAAAACAGAAGUUAUUAAGAAAACAUUGUCUCCGGUAUGGAACGAGGAACUUGAAAUCCCAGUCCCAUCAAGAUCUAGGUCAAAAGUUGUGGUGGAAGUUUACGACUGGGACAGAACUGGUUCCAAUGAUUUGCUGUGCUCUACUGUCCUUGACACCAAAAUACUUGUGCCUGAAAAAACAAAAGACAUGGACUUGAAGUUAGAAAAACAAGGGACUAUUAAAUUGGCUGCUACCUUUAUACCCGAGUACUUGUUCCCAACUCUAGAUCCUGUUAAGGGCGGCUUGGCUUCUCGUCCACUAAAGGCUAUAGGUGGCGUUGCCAACCUAGGUGUUGGUGUGGCAGGUGCUGGUAUCGGCGCCGCGCAAAAUGUGGCAGGUGCUGGCCUUGGAGCAGCGCAAAAUGUCGCUGGCGCGGGCUUUGGAGGAAUACAGAAAGGUGGUCGUUUCCUAAAGAGCUUUGGCACCAAAAAGUCCAAGAAGGAUGCCAAAGACUCAAAGAUGGAUGAAGAAGAGGGCGAAGAGGGUGCUGGCUCCGAUCAGCAAGCCAGGGAAAACGAGAAUAGGUCUUUGGCCCCUAAGCUGUCCGCCGACUACGACGUCACAAAACCUAACACUAGCUACGCUAAAGUCGAAUCCUACCACCCAGCCCCAGCGGUCGCAUCAAAAAACGGAGACGGGUCGAGUGUGGUUGGCGCACCUGGCCCCAUUCACCAGCGCUCAGCUUCUACGGCCAGCAGUUUUGCUCGUACUCUGGCGCCAAACGGUACCUACAAAGGUAAAGUGACUUUGGUGGGCGCCGAAAACAUGGGCAAGGCUUUGCAGGUUCGCUUCUCGCUUGCACAAGGUGGUAAAAUCAAGCACAUGUAUCGUACGGAGAACAAGAAAUCAAACUCCGAAGGGUGGGUUGAUUUUGGAGAGUCUUGUGAAUUCAAGGCUUCACCAGAGGCUAACCUAGUAUUUGGGGGUGUCACUGUACACCGCUUCGGCAAGGAUACCGAGCUAGGUGUUGCUCAGAUUAACCUAGGUGACCCUCAGAUCCAACAAGAAGGCCAGAUUUCGGUAAGGCUAGGCCGCGGACACCUCAUCUUAAAGAUUGAUUACGGCAACGAUGAGGAUGUGCCUCCGGUACCUUCAAUUCCAUCGGAAUACAAGAACUAG